AAUACUUGGAGUCGAGCACAUGAUCACAGGGCUGCUUACGACCUGGAGUACACGAACUAGGAGCGAGUCACUCAAUGAGCCUGUGGCGUUUAUUUUCAAAGCUUACACAUCUUCAGACGGACGUUUGAUCAAUCUUAACCCCGCAACGAACACAAAAGCCAAAAUAAAUCAUGACAAUCGAGCAACAAGCGCGCGGCGCGGCCAUUACCACUGUGAUGAAGAAACGGAAAACUCGGAGCAAACAGAAAAACCUGAAGAAGGACACACGAAGUGCGGAUGUAAAGCAGUCGAAAUUUGGUACUGAUGAGGCGGGAUCCACAUCAUUCCGCCAGAAUCGUGACCGCUGCUACAAUUGCGGUCAACCCGGCCACUGGGGCAAGGAUUGUCCAGAACCAGACAGAAGAAAAAGCAAAAAGCCAAACAGUGCCUUUUCUUUGGCCGCAGCGAAAUCCAAUGGAGAAGCGAACGCGCAGGAAGCGCCCGUUGCUCCGGCCGAGCAGUGCAUCUUCGUGGCUGCUGGCGUUGCCCAGGGCGAGAGUGAUGUCCGGUGUGAGCAGGCUACAACAGCGAACGAAGAAGACGGGACGGUCUCUGCCCCUCCGAAGAAGAAGAAGCGAAGGAAAAUGAAACAGAGCUGCAGCGAGAGCAGCGUGAACAAGGCCACUGAUGGCAGCAGCGUCGCACGCUCCACGGAGGCAGAAGUUUCGCAAUCAACAGCAACGGAGCCGCGAGUUGAGGAAAAAAGUGUCGGGCUCGUGGCAGGGUCCCCGCGUAAUGUGCUGAGUGAAGGAGCCAGUGUCAGCAACAUGAUCAUGAAAUCCAAGAGGAAACGAAAGAGCCCUCAACAGUUCAAAAUUUUCGUCGGUCAGCUGGGCAAGGAUUUUGCGGACGAGGAGAGUUUACGGAAGCACUUCGAGCAUUUCGCGCCGACUGCCUGUUCGCAGUCGCUCUUGACUUCGGUGGCGGUGGUACCUGGAAAAGGAGUAGCAUUUUGUGCGUUCGCAACAGAGAACGCACGAGACUGUGCCCUCGCAGAGGUGCACAAGACGAGCUUCCCCGCCGCUGAGGAUCUUCACCAGGCGGACCAGCCCCGGCGUCGCUUGACGUUAGAAAAAAGUCCCGGCGGUUCUGCACAGGAGCAGACGGCUGCGCACUCUGAGAGAGUGGAUGCGCUUGUGUGUGCCGCAGAGACAAGUAACAGCUUCUUGCGGAAAGCACUGGAUCCGCAGACGAGAGAGUUCUUGCGGACUGUAUCCCUGCACACAGUACGGAAAACGCUCGAAGAGUGUGAGGCCGCAGCGGCAAAGAAGAACUUGAAGACCCAUGAGGAGAUGUCCAAGUUUCUCAUGGGAAUGAUUAAAAAGCGCAUUUAAGGGUAAAGACUUUCUUCGCCUGACCCGUUACUUGUUACGAUAGCAAGCGAUCUGAAACUUUUUGCGAGCGGCAUGGGCUAGGAGUCACUGCGUAAGUAAGGCAGAUAACGUUAUUGACAGUAACUCGCAGCUGUUGCAUUCAUUCUCGUGCUUCAUCGUCAGUGACUUCAUUUUCAUGGCAUUCGCAUUCCUAGAUUGCAUCAUCUCACAAACAUUCGACGACUAUAUCCAGUAGUUUCGUAGAGCAAGAAGCGAUUGUGUGCUACCGCUCGCGGCCGAAGUGUGAUGUUCCUCGAUCGAUAUUCGAAUGGGAAAUGGCCGCUUCUCAGAGAGACCGUGGGCACAAACCUAGUUCUUCGUUUUGGG